AUGAACAUUUAUACUAUUAUAGAAAUUAUCAAACACACUGAAUAGAGAGGUAUAGAAUUACUUUUAGAUACUUUAAUAAUUGGAAUAGAAAUAGGCAGAAGAAAUAUUGAGAACCAAUAAUAAAUUGUUGAAUUAGUUGAAUCUCUCUAAAAUUUGAAACAUUAGAUAGAUUUCAAUAUUGUAUCACCUUUUUUAAGGGAUGAUAUAUUUGAUAGAGUACUUAAUAAGAAAGAUAAGGUAUAAACAAUUUCAAAUUUAAAGUUAGAAGAUAUUCUUUGUAUGUUAUCAAAAGAAUGUUCAACAUUAUAAAAACUAAAAUAACAAAGUAAUAUAUGUUAAAUAUGUUCUUAAUAUAUCGAUAAUAAUUCUGAUAAAAAAUUUAAUGCUGUUUGUUCACAUCAAUUUCAUCAAUAAUGUGUUUCUAAUAUAUUGAUUCAAGGACUAAAUAUUAAUAUUGGUUUUAAAUGUCCCAUAUGUGGAUAUUCUACUUUUCAAUAAGAUAUAGAAUAUUAACUUAAAGCUAACAACAAUUUUAAGACUUCAUGUUGUCCUACUCCACAAUGCAACAAAUAUUUUUCAUACAUAGGCUAAGAAAUUUAUAGAUGUUCAGAAUGUCAAAAGAAAUAUUGUUUAAAAUGUUAAUCAUAGAAUCAUCCAAUCAAUCAAUGUAAAACUGAUAUCAAGACUGCUAAAUUUGAAAUGGGUGAUAAUUAUAAGGAAUGUCCAAAAUGUAAAUUAUGGGUAAAGUAAUUGGAUGAUGAAAAAAUAUUGUAUUGUUCUUGCAGAUAUACUUUUUGUUUUGGUUGUGGUAAUAAGGAAGGAAAUUGUAUUUGUAAUAAGGAUGGAAGUAUUAUGUAGAGUGUUAAAAACAGUCUCUAUCAGAUGAUAUAAUGA